CCGUCGGCACCUCCAGACUCUCGCUUCCGUCAAAAACGCACGACCAAGUGUAGGAUUUAUAUCACCCGGGGAAGCAUGCAGCGGGUCGGAGGACCAACAUGUCGGCGUCCUCAUCCCAGAAAGGCUCGCCACCAGCCUCCAGCUCACCUGCUUUUGAAGGUUUUCCUUUUGCGGUGCCGGGCAGCACUUCCGAGGAGCAGCAGCCGAGCGGCGGCGUCCAAAAGAAGCCGUGCCGCGCUUGUACGGACUUUAAAUCGUGGAUGAAGACACAGAAGCAGCAGACGACAGCUGCUGUGCAGGAGUCUCAAGAUGAGCUGGAGGCACAAGAGCCCGAGUGUCCGCUGGACAGGCAAGAGUUGGGACGUAACACCUGGUCCUUUCUGCACACCAUGGCUGCAUAUUACCCUGACAAACCAUCUGUCAGCCAGCAGCAAGAGAUGGGCCAGUUCAUUAACCUAUUCUCCAAAUUCUUCCCCUGUGAUGAAUGUGCAGAAGACCUUAGAAGCAGAUUAAAAACCAAUCAGCCGGACACUAAGAGCCGUCACGCUCUGUCCCAGUGGCUCUGUCGACUCCAUAACAACAUCAAUGUACGUCUGGGAAAACCGGAGUUUGAUUGCUCCCGAGUUGAUGAGAGGUGGAAGGAUGGAUGGAAAGAUGGCUCCUGUGACUGAAAAAAAACCCUCCCAGAACUUUUGAGUGUCGAUGCGUUCGGCUUUGGGGCAACAUCACGUGAAGAUAAUUGUUGUUGUUUUUUUUCUUUUAACAUGGAUUUUCCUGUUCUGCUGUUUACCAAUAUAUUUGGUCCCAUAAACAAAAUUGAGGGUGCAAACAAACAAGCGUUGUUAUUUUGCACCAAUAUCACUAUCACUAGUGCCAUUGGCGUCCUCAUCAGAAAUCACUCAUCAAUUAGUCAUCUGGUCUUAUAAGUGGCCGAAGGUUUGGACACACACCAGUACAAAGAUAAGUCUCUUAAAAUGGGUUUCCUAAAUGUUUUCCUUUUUUAAUUUUUUUUUUUUUUUAAUUGGAUUUAUGUUAUUUUGGCAUGUCCCACACAGUGCUCUGCUAACUACAGUUUGUAUAAUGUGGUUAAAUGAUUUUUAAAAAAAAUUGACAUAGUUUUAUUAUGUUUAUUAAGUUAUUUGAAAAAAAAUGAGUCAUUUUGAUCAUGUGUAUUUUAUUUUCAUAAUCAUGUUAAUAAUUUUUGCACUGUAGUGUGUUGAGUCUGGACAUCAUAUUC